AUGUCUACCUACGUUCUUCGCUAUUUCCCCAUCAAGGCUCGCGCUGAGACCUGCCGCGCCCUCCUCAGCUACAGCGGCGCCUCCUACACUAACGAAGCCCCCGCAUGGCCCCAGGAAAAGUCCAACCAGCCGUUUGGCAAGCUUCCUGUGCUGAUUGAGACUGACGAAUCUGGUGCCACCUUCAAACUCAGUGAUUCUCUGGCCAUCGAGCACUAUCUAGCGACCAAGUAUGGAUUGAUGGUCGAUUCCAGCCCACAGGACCGCGCCUGCCAGGACGAACUGCGUCACCAGAUCAAGGAUAUCUAUGAGUUUAUCCCGCAGUACCGCUUUGGUAACGAGGAUACCCGCGCAUCGGUCAAGGAAAAGCUUGACGUCCAGAUGAAAUACUUUAUCGAGUAUCACGAGAACCACCUCAAGAACAACGGCUCCAACGGUCAUUAUUUUGGUGACAAGACAACCUACGUGGAUAUUGCCUUGGUUGCCAGUAUGCGUGCGGUACGUGAGUUUGGAGCCAGCAUCAUACCUGGUCUGGCCGACUGGCUAUCACCAGACAAUGCACCGCUGAUCAACAAGGUCAUCGAGGUUGUUGGUGCAGACCCAAAGCUAGUUAAAUAUUUUAACGAGUAG